AUGCUCUCCGAACAGCCAGUCUCUCGUAAAGGAAGUCUGACUCGCCUCAAUCAGUUGGGGAGACCGGGGACCCCCACUGGAACAAAUUAUGUGUCCCUGUCACUCAAUCCGAAGAAUGGUUCACAUGGCAAUUCUGCCGCUUCGGCAGCAUUCAAUAAAUUGCCCAUCGUUGAGGAUGUUUCGAAGUUCGAAGAGAAUCUAGCCAAACUCUCAAGGAAAAUCACCCUGUUCAAUGAUACAGGGAUUCAAGGAUUUGUGAAGGAAUUGAUUUCCAUCAAUGACGAUUUGAGGAUGAGAACAACGGAUUUGGAAAAACAUCGCAAGCUUGGUUUGGAAAUUCGUGAUCUCGAAAAACAAAGUCACACAUACGAUCAGAAAUUCAAUGAAAUAUUGAAGGAACUUAUUUCGUGUCGGAGUGAGCUUAAAAAGCUACCUAAUGCCCCGACUACACCUCAAGCCAAUUCUACCCAAACCGAUGAUCCAAGAUUUGCAGGCAAAUUUAAGCGUGGUGUGGUGGAGGGUUUAAUAGAGGAACCUCCAAAUAUGGAGGAAGUCUUGAAGUACGCUCUGAAGCUUUCCAAAUUUACAAAAGCACCGCCUACUAUGGCCAAUCUACAAUUCCAAAUCCACCCCAACAAUUACGUAUGGCCAGCAGAAGAUGCAUUGCGUCGAGGAAUGCUUGCAUUACUGAGCUUAAAACCUGAAGAUGUUAUUGCCGACGAGCUUGGUACAAGCACUACCGAUGUUCAGGAAACUGUUGACUCGAUAGCCAUUGAUGAUACACCUUCAGAAAAGACCGUCUCCAAAGAAAAUCCUGAGAACGGUCUGUUCACCGGUUAUGGCGAUAUUGGGAGAAAUGACCAUGCUGAUAAGGACAACGAUUUGGAUUUGAACUUAUACGAGUAUGAUGACGACCUUUCGGAUUAA